UGCGUGCGUGUGUGUGUGUGCGUGUGUGUGUGUGCGUUUAUACGUUAACUUGACCUAAUCUUUUACUAAUAAGACUUUCCUUUUAUUAAUAGAUUUUAUUUUUAUUAUAUUUAUCGAAGAAGAGAAAAAGAAAAAGAAAAUAAAGAAAAAGAAGAAAAAAACAGUCAUGUGUGCACUCAGAUCCUAGUGUGUGUGCGUGUGUGUGCGUCUAUGUACGUGUAGGUUUUUUGUAAUAUUUCACGUACACACGCACACACAAACACGUCUGGAACAUGUCAGCGAUCAAGGUUGCAGUUAGAGUCCGUCCUUUAAGUGAAAAGGAGGCGCAGGGGGGGGCGAGGCAUGUUUUAAACGUACAUGACAACGCUGUGUCCAUCACCGACAUAAAGGUCCCAGUGAAUUUAGAAGGGAAUCCAGACCAUAGAGAGAGGAUUCGAUACUUCACCUAUGACAUGACCUACGGCGCGCCCCUGAGCAAGGAUUUCACGGGGCAACACAGUAAAAAAAAAUCCGCCCGACAAAGUAAGAAAUGGAGCCAAAAUUUAAAAGGCGAAGAAGAGGAGAAGAAAAGAAGAGGAGAGAAGAGGAGGAGGAGGAGGAGGAGGAGAGUUAGUGAAGAGGAGAAGGAUUUUUUUAGUGAUAAGGAAGAAGAGGAGGAGGAAGAAGAGGAGGAGGAAGAGGAAGACGAAGCGAAACAACAAGAAGAGGUCUACUUAGAUCUUGGACGAGAGGUCGAGGCGUCUGUGGUUCUUGGGUUCAACGCGUGCAUAUUAGCGUACGGUCAAUCUGGUACUGGGAAGACCUACACUAUUAUGGGAACUGAGGACGCCCCAGGACUCGCCCCAAGAAUCUGCGAAGGACUUCUGACACGCCUGCAGGAUAGAUACAGCCCUGAGGAUAUCUGCGCGCAGGACUUCUCCCUCACCCUCAGUCUAGUGGAAAUCUACAAUGAGCGAGUGAGGGACUUGCUGGCCGCCCCUGAAGACCAGGACCGUCCCCUCAGGGUCCGGGAACACCCUAUCUCGGGGCCCCAUGUGGACGGAGUCAGCCGCCACCCCAUUGACCAGCGGGGGGCGGCGUGGACUCUCCUGGCGCGGGGGCUGGCGCGGAGAAGCCGGGCGCCCACCCCCACCCACGCCCACUCCUCCCGCUCCCACGCCCUGCUCACUCUGGAGGUGGAGCAGCCGCGCGCCCACACCCGCUCCACUCUGACCCUGGUGGACCUCGCGGGCAGUGAGCGUGGCGGGGGGGAGGGGGACCGGAGGAGGCUGACGGAGGGUGCAAACAUCAACAAGUCUCUGGUGACCCUUGGCAACGUGAUCUCCGCCCUUGCCGAGCGCGGUCUGACGGAGGGUUCCACGCGGGCAGGCUCCCUCGUGUCCCUCGCCAGCGCCGCCUCCUGCACAACCUUCAGGAGCGAGGGGGCCUGGGAGGAGGGGAGGAGGAGGAGGAGGAGAGGAGGAGGAGGAGUGGGUGGAAGAAUGCGGAGUGUAAGCUUAGGAGGAGGAGGAGGAGGAGGAGGUGGGACAGAAGGAGGAGGAGGUGGCAGAAGACGGUGGAGUAUAGGAAGACAGGAAGGAAGAGGAGGAAGAGGAGGAGGAGGAGGAGGAGGUAGAGAGGAAGACAGAAGAAGAUCACUUGGAAUCAGAGAGGAAGGAAGAAGAGAGAAAGGAGAAGAACAAGAAGAAGAAGAGAAAGAAGAAGAAGAGGAGGAAGAAACCAAAGAAACAAAAGAAGAGAGAAAAGAAGAGGAAGAAGAAGAAGAUCUCGAAACAGACACACAAACAUCAACAAUAAGGAGACCAGGCAAAGGAAGAGUCCGAGGAGGAGGAGGAGGAGGAGGAGGAGGAGGGAUGGGCAGGCUUCCUUUCAUUCCCUACAGAGACUCCGUUUUGACCUGGCUCUUGAAGGAUACUCUCGGAGGCAAUGCAAAGACCCUUAUGAUUGCUACCGUGUCACCAUCCAGCACCUGCUUUUCGGAGAGUGUAGCAACCCUCAGGUACGCAGCGAGGGCAAGGUGCAUCGUCAACACUCCCACCGUCAACCUGCACUACCAGCACGAAACCUAUCCUGGCGGAGUCACCAGCGUGUUGAGUCUGGACCAGGAGUAUCCCAGCGCUGGCACCAGUUUAUCGAGUCUCAGGAGGGAGCUGGCGGAUCUGAAGAAGCUUUUGGGUGCUGAGCACCCACCCUCACCACCAUCCUCACCACCGAUGACACCGCGCCGGAAAACAAGAGAUUGGUUGAAUGGGGUUGAAAUCGGAGUCCAGACCCACACCACCGCCACCACCACCACCUCCACCACCAGCCCCCGCCCCCCGCCCACCACCACGGACCGGGGGGUGGGCGUGGGGGGCGCAGGGGGGGCGGGGGGCAGGGGGGUAGUCACUAGUAUACCUGUUUUAAUCAAUCUACCUGAGGAUUUGCAUGGACAGAAAAUGAUCAUCUAUUCAAUCCAGACGGGCGCCUCGGUGGUGGGGAGCGGCAAGGGGGCGGACAUCCCCCUACAGGGAGAGGGAGUAGCGCCCGCCCACUGCACCUUGGUUCACGCCCAUGGACAUGUCACACUCAGGGUCCUCGGGGGGUGCCAGGUGGAGGUGGGGGGCGAGGUGGUGGGUGAGGGGGGCGCGCGACCCCUUCUGGACGGCACCUCUGUUGCGAUCGGCUGUCGAGUGUUCAGCUACCACGCCCCCCCUUCAAUGCCCCCCCCGCCCCCCCUGCAGCCCCCCUCGCCCCCCCUCACACGGCCACUGAAGGAGGCCUGGACGCAGAGUGAGGGGGGAGGGGAGAGCCGCCCCCCCACCACCCCCACCCACACUACAACACCCCGGUCCGCCGUGGCCGCCGUGGAGGGCCGCCGCCACGCCGCCACUGUCACCGCCGCCGCCGCCGCCAUGGGCCAGGGCGCCACGCACCUGGCGGGGGGUGAGCCGCCCGCCUGGACGCCGGGUCGGCUGCGCUCCUCCAGCGAGUCCCCGUCAGAGUACGAGGAGGCGGAGGAGGGCGCCGCCUGGGGGUUGCGCGUCCCCGGCCUGACACACUACCUGGGGGGCGCCGCGCCCAUGGACGCCUGCGCCUCGCUGGACUCCCGCCUGGCGCAGCUCUCCGCGGCGGCGGGGGACGGCGCGCCGCGCGGCCUGAGCCUGGACCUGGACCUGGGGGGCGGGGGCGCGGCGCGCGCGGACUCCGCCUCGCCGCUCACGUCGCCCUCCGAGGCGCGGCGCCGCUGGGACAAGAGCGUGUGGCCCGCCGUGGAGCGCGGCCUGCGGCGGAACAGGAGCGUGCCCGACGUGCUGGCCCUGGCCGCGCGCCGCGCCCCGCCGCGGGGCUCGCACGGGGCCCUCUCCGGGGCCUCGUCAUCGUCGUCCUCGUCCUCGUCGUCGUCGGGGUUAUCGCGGGGGUCGUCGCUGCCCCCCGAGGAGCGGGAGAGACGCCAGCAGAUCAUCGAGGCGGUGACGCGCCGCCUGUACCCCGGCCCCCCCGGCCCCCCCGGCACCCCCGGGGCCCCCCGACGUAGCCCCCGCUCGGAGCGGGGCUGCGGCUGCCGCAGAAAGGAGGGGGAGGCGCCCCCCACGCGGCAGGUGUGGUCGGAGCCCAGCACCCCGCGUGCCCCCCGCCGCCUGCCGCAGCUCCCGUCGCCGGGGCGGGGCGAGGCGGGCCAGGGGGGGCGCCGAGCCCGCCACACCACCACCACCACCACCACCACGCGGCGGGAGUCCCGCUCCUCCACCACCACCUCCACCAGCCUCACCGCCACCUCCAGGACGCUCACCGCCACCACCACCACCCGCAUCCCGCGCCCCGCGCCGCCCACCCAGGACCAGGGCGUCACCUGCCACCUGUGGGGGCCGCGGCGCGACGGGGACGGCGGGGCGGGGCGCCUGGACGACAACGCCAACGCGUCCCGCCCCGGGGUUGGGCGGGGCGGGGGAGGCCCCGGAGCCGCCGGCAUCGCCUCAUACGGGUCGACGGGCCCAACGGCCCCCGCCCCGGCGCUCCCCGGGCCCCGGGAUGCCCCAGCCGCCGCGGGGCCUCUGGAGGCGGAGUACUUCUCCGAAGACAGCCUUGAGGCCCCGGACGAGGCGGCGCCCCCCGGGGCCGGCGGCGGCGGGGCGGGGCGGGGCGCAGACGAGCACUCGCUGGGGGGCAUGAGCCGCGACUCCUUGGAGGACAGCGGUGCCGGGCCCGAGCUGGCCGCGGCGCUGGCGGGCACGGCGCCCCCCCGCAGGGUGCCGGUCCUGGGGGAGACGCAGGACGCCUUCAUCAGGUCCUUCUUCAGGUCCAUGGACCACGGGGGGGCGCCGGCCAGGGGCGGGGAGGAAGAGGACUCGAUUGAAGAGGAAGAGGAGGAGGGGGAGGAGGAGGAGGUGUCCCUGAGUGGUGACGAGAGCGACACUCACCCCGCGGCGGCCGCGCCCCGCGGCAGGCUCCCCCCUGGCCUAGACAUCCCCCCGGAGGACUCCCCCAGGACGCAGCGGCGCCGCGUUCGGCAGCGCGCCGCGCGCCGCCUGGCGGGGGCCGCGGCCACCUCCGAAGACAGUGACGCGGAGCGGGGCGCGUCGCCCCCCCACAGGAAGAAACGCCCCCGCCGCUCCUCCCUCCCCCUACCGCUGCCCCCCUCCCCCCAGCACGGCCCCCGAACCCCUAGGGACCCACCGGCCCCCCACCUCGGCCCCAGGCGGCGGGGAGAGCUGGGGCGGCGGUGCGUGAGCGAGAGGGACCUGCGGGGGGGCGGGGGGCGGGGGGCGAGCAGCGAGGCGGAGGACCUGGGGAGUGAGGGGGGGGAGGGGGGCGCCUCCACCACCUCCCUCACCUCCUUCACCUCCCCCUCCACCUCCCUCACCUCCCCCUCAUCCCCCCCCGCCGCCCCUCCCCACCCCCCCCACUCCCCCCCACGCCUGCACAUCAAGAGGCGCCGCAUCUCCCCCCCGUCCCAGGACACCCCCUCCCACACCCCCUCCCACACCCCCUCCCACACCCCCUCCCACACCCCUUCCCUCACCCUUUCCCUCACCCCUUCCCUCUCCCCCACCACCUCCUCCCCCGCACACACCACCGCGGACCCCCUCACCACCACCACCACCACCGCCACCACCCUCCCCUCCACACACGAGAUCCUACAGGACUCCGCGCGUCGCCUCCUGCAGGCCGUGAGCGAGGCGGGCCCUUACUCCGGCGUGUCGCAGGAGGCCGUGGCGGAGCUCCUACGGGCAUCCUCCAGGCACAUCCUAGAGGGGGGCUCCAUCGUCGCCCCCUGCGGAAGGAUACUAGGAUACCCCCCAAGGCCGGACACGGGGGGCACAAGACCUGUAUCCCUGGGAAGUCCUACCACCUCUGACCCUAUAGGACUCCCAAGGACUUCGGAUACACAGAGGAGGGGACAGAGAAGAGGUCACGAAGAAGAGGAGGCGGUGGAUCCUAUGGGGAGUCCUACCACCCCUGAGACCAUAGGAUACCCCAGGAUACCCUCACAGGAUACCCAGGGUCGAAAAACCAGCUUCACCACGGGGGCACAAGGGGAAGGAUAUCUGAAGAAGGAUCCUAUUGUGAGUCCUACCACCCCUGGGACCAUAGGAUACCCCAGGAUACCCUCACAGGAAACCCAUGGUCGAAAAACUACCUUCACCACGGGGGCACAAGAGGAACAUCAGGAGGAGGAGGAGGAGGAGGAGGAGGAAUUUGACCCCCAGGACAUGGACUCAGUCGCAAACACCUCCACUUCCUCAGCCUCCCAGUCCCUCGCCUCCCCUGUGGGCUCCCCCGACCUCUGCUCCGGGGAGAGUUCAUGGGAGGACCUGGAGAUGGAGGAGACUUGUAGGAGCCAAAUCGGGGCGUCACAAGUCCGCAUGAUCACCUCGGAGUUCACACCAAGAACCGCCAAGCGUCUUCUGUAUACAAUUAUUGAAUGCAGUGAAAGCAGUCGUUCUGAAGGCGUUCCCUCUGAGGCUGACGUCAUACCCUCAGACUGGCAGGACACCCCGACUGAAGAGGAGGAGGAGGAGGCGCAGAAGGAAGAGGAGGAGGAGGAGUAUGGGAGCUUCGAUAAACUAAGCUCCUCGGAUGAUACCAUUCUUGAAACAGUUCGACAAGCCCUUGAUGACCCACAUGACUCUCUCUCCUGCCUCUCCGAUGACUUACUUGGGGAUAUGGGGAGUAAGCCGGGGAGUAGAGCGGGGAGUAGAAGCCUGCACAACCUCACUGGCUCCCUGGAAACCCUCACGCACCGGGGAGAAGCUGGGGAGGACAUAGACAGGAGAUAUCGGGGUGCUAACUUGUCCCUCACGAAAUCAAAAAGUUGUGAGAGUUUGGGGAUUGAGGGGGGACUGAGGGGGGAUGGAGGGGUGGUACGGGGUGCUGUGGGGAGGGGAAGGAUGUGGGGAGGUGCACUGGGGAGGGGAGGCGUAGGGGGUGAAGGGGAGAGGAGGGAGAGAGCUGAGGAAAGGGAGGUAGGUGAGAGAGUUCAAAGGGAGAGGAGAUGGGGAGGGGAGGGAGUGGGGAGGAUACCUGAUAUUGUGCCAAAGUUAGAUCUCUCACAUGUAAGUUUUUCUCCCCAGCAUUCCUCUCUUCCUCCCCGGACUGCUUCCUCCCCUCCCCAUCCCUCCUCCUCCUCCUCCUCCUCUUCUCCCCACUCCCCACCAGUAAGACAAUCACCCCCACCUCCGCCACCUGCUCAUUCUCCCCCAGUCCGCCACUCUCCAAGUCACUCCCCACCCUUCUUUACCUCCCCAUCUCACUCCCCAUUUGUUUCCUCCCCACCUACACAGUUUUCCUCCAUUUCCUCCCCACCUCCUCAUUCAGUACCCAUAUCCUCCCCAUAUACUCACCCCCCACUUCCCCUUUCUUCCCCCUCUCACCCCCCUCUCACUUACUCCCCUCUCCCCUUCUCCCCACUCCACUUCUCCCCUCCCCCUCCUCCCCACCCCUUCACCCCGGUCACAAAUACCACAAUGUCUUCUUCCUUCGAGCCAGACUCUUUAGAAUGGGGAGAGGAGGAGGAGGAGGAGGAGGAAGAGGAGGAGGAGGAAGAGGAGGAGGGGAGAAGAAGUGGGGAGGAAAGAGAGAUCAUAACUGGGGAGGUAAAAGAAGAAGAGGAGGAGGAGGAGGAAGCGGAGGAAAGAGUCUCAGAUCGUAGGGGAGAUUGGGGAAGGAAGGGGAGGGAAGAGGAGAGAGAGGAUCUUAGAACUGGGGAGAGAGAACUGGGGAGGCUUGGGGAAUUAGACCUUGGGGAGUUAACCGCUGGGGAGAGGCUUAGUCCUAAUUUGGGGUUUAGGGAUAUGACCACCUGGCCCCCCCUCCCCUCCCCAGCUCCCCACCCCCACAUACCCAUACCACCCCCUCCCCCGUUGUCCUCCCCUCCCCAGGUUUCCUCCCCACCUUCCCUCCCUUCCUCAUGGGGUGUAAGUUACCCUCCCCAUGUGCAGAUUUCACCCCCCUCCCCCCUCCCGUCCUCUCUCCCCUCCCCAGUCACCCCCAGUCUCCCCCUCCCCACCCCUCCC